AUGAAUUUUAAUAACGAUACUGCCAAACAAAUAUUAAUUGAUAUUAUACGCACAGUCAAUCAACCGGAGAAUUCAAAAAAGUUAUCCGAAGCAAAAGCCUCGGCCGGCAAGGAGAUGCUUCUAAUGAUGCAGCAUGUAUUCCCACUGGUAAUGCAAUUACAAACGGAAGUAAUAAAAUCGUAUGGAUUUCCGGGUAAUCGUGAGGGUCUGGUACAAUUCUCACAAUUGAUACGUGAACUGGAACGGGAAGAUGUUGAAAUUGCAAGACUACGUAGCCAGAUACGAGCUAUAUAUUUGCCACCGAUUGCCAUUAAUACCACCAAUGAUAUAUUAAUUUAGGGG